GCAUUCCAGUAAGUUACAUAGGCCAGCUGACAAAUGUGGGCUAGGACUCCCCGAGGUGUUGUUUUACUAUUAUGCUUUGGUCUCAAACAUUUGGCACAUCGGUCGCUUCCACCUGAGAGAGCCACUCUCAGAGUGGUCAGAGUUUUGGUCGAGGGUUCAGAAUUUUAUCUGUGAGGUCUUGAGCACUCAGAUUUUAUUCUGCCCCAGGCAUAUACUGAUAAAAGUUGAUUGUGUAUUCGUGCUCUUUGUUCUAGUUUGAGUUUGGAAUAAAUACAAAUUGUUAAUGACCACCACAUUUGCAGUUUUACUCAUGAGCUCAUUUGUCGAUUACACUGGCCUGACUGAACACUCAACAUGAACAAAUCAAGCGCCGCAGUUUAAGUGAGUCACAGGCUGCAGUGAAGCAGCAGUCCAUCUGUUUUCUCUGCAUUAUCUCUUGCUUUCUGCCUUUCUUCAGAUCUCAGUGUGACAAGGUUGUGAAAGAAGCCUAAUGCUGCAUUUGUGAUAUGCACUGCUCGGUGUGAGGAGAAAGAAUCCUUUCUUCUCCUCUCUCCCUCUUCGGUGUCACCCAGCAUCUGGACAUCUCUAGUCUCAUUCUGCGUGGACAGCAGUGAAGUGGAUGCUUUCAGUGGCACUUUUGAACAGACUGAGUGAGUUCUUGAGAGUAGGAGAGAGAUCAGGCAGAAAGAGAGAAUCGAGGAGCGAGAAAUACUAGAGCAGACUGCAGUCACUGAGUGUUACCGUGGUGUAUGGCAGCAGUGCUGGAUUGAUGUGGGAUUGCUUGAGCUAACUGUCAGUUCCACUGUUAACUUUACUGACCCGUCCAUCGACAUGGGCAUGCUGGGGUGUGGUGUGCUCAUUUUGGCACUCUUCUGUCAAAGCCAUAGCCACAGUAUUCUAAACCCCCUGGACAGGUUUAAGAGGUUUCAGGACAGUGCCUGGUCAGACCUAAAUGACUGCUCCAGGAUCAGACAGCCAUUCGUCUUGUCAAAUCCUUACAAUUUCUCCCUGGAUAUCCACAUGCCAGAAGUGAUUCCAACAGAAUCUGAUAGCUACUUCUGUAUGGCUGUUCCAGUCCCCACGUCACGGGAGGCCUUUAUAGUGGACUUUGUGCCCCAUGCCAGUAUGGACACUGCCCACCACAUGCUCUUAUAUGGCUGCAGAACCCCUUACGCCAUCAAAGGAUACUGGAAUUGUGGGACGGAGCUGGGGACCUGUCAUGAUCAAGCCAAGAUCUUGUAUGCCUGGGCCAGGAAUGCCCCUCCAACCAAACUACCCAAAGAUGUUGGCUUUAAAGUUGGAGGAGACACCAAAAUUGCCUACUUUGUGCUGCAAAUUCACUAUGGUGAUGUCAGACAUUUUAGAGAUCAUCAUAGAGAUUGCUCAGGACUCACUUUAAGAAUGACUUCCAAAGUACAGCCCUUCAUUGCUGGCAUGUAUCUGAUGAUGUCUGUGGACACUGUCAUCCCUCCAGGAAAGAAAGUUACUAAUGCAGACAUUGCUUGCAUAUACUCAUCAUCCCCGAUGUAUCCUUUUGCCUUUAGGACACACACACAUCGCCUUGGUAAGGUUGUUAGUGGGUACAGGGUUCGAAAUGGACAGUGGACACAGAUUGGACGACAGUCUCCACAGCUACCACAGGCUUUUUAUCCAGCUGCCAAUGCCAUUGACAUUAAAAAUGGAGACAUUCUGGCUGCCCGUUGUGUGUUCACAGGAGAAGGAAGAACCACUAAAACUCGAAUCGGAGGCACCUCAGAUGAUGAGAUGUGUAACUUUUACAUCAUGUACUACAUGGACAACACACAUUCUGUGCCUUACAUGGACUGCAUGGACCACGGCAGUAGUGAGCUGUUCCAAAACAUCCCUCCUGAGGCCAACGUUCCCAUCCCGGUCAGUCCAGACCACAUGAUGUCCAUGAUGCACAGGCCUGCAUCUAAUGAAGAUGUUGUGAAAGAUUUGGAGCUGCAGCAGCCCAAGAGAGAAGAGGAAGAGGUUCUGGACCAGGGGUCUCAUCUGGUGGAGGUGUCAGACUGGCCUGAGGUGGAACUGCAGCUGGGGCAGGUUUCUGGUCUAGCUUUGGACUCUAAUGAUAAUCUGGUCAUUUUCCACAGAGGAGAUCACAGAUGGGGAAUCAACUCCUUUAACAAUAAUGGCAUCUACCAGCAGAAGUCUCUGGGCCCUAUCCAGCAGUCCACUAUCAUUGUGGUGGAUCCAGUUGAAGGGCAAGUGCUUAAAGCUUCAGGAAGAAACAUAUUUUAUUUGCCACAUGGAAUAACUACUGAUAAGGACAAUAAUUACUGGGUGACGGAUGUAGCUCUUCAUCAGGUGUUCAAGAUGAGCAGCAAUGGUAAAGAUCAGCAACUUCAGGUUCUGGGAGAAGCUUUUGAACCAGGAAGUGACAAAAACCAUUUCUGCCAACCCACAGAUGUGGCUGUAGACCCCAUCACUGGAAAUAUCUACAUCUCAGAUGGCUACUGCAAUUCCAGGAUCCUCAAAUUCUCACCGGAGGGCAAAUAUAUUGCACACUGGGGGGCAGGCUCCUCAGACAGGAGGCGGCGUGUCUCAUUCCAAGUCCCACACAGCCUGGUGUUCCUGCCCGAUAAACGGGAGCUGUGUGUGGCCGAUCGGGAGAAUGGACGGAUUCAGUGCUUUAUGGCCGAGACGGGCGAGUUUGUGAAGGAGAUUAAAAAAGAUGAUUUUGGAGGAGAAGUGUUUGCCAUUGCGUACGCGCCUUUCCAAGGUGGUCUCAUCUACGCAGUGAAUGGAGAGACUCCAUUUGGGCAAGCUGUCCCCCUCAGAGGGUUUGUGCUCAAUUAUUCUACCAAGGAAAUCCUGGAUUCAUUCAGUCCAGAAACACAGGAAUUUAAAAUGCCACAUGACAUAGUCAUAACAUCAGAUGGGAGUGUCUUUGUUGGAGAUGCAGCCUCUAAUUCUGUGAUGAAGUUUGUUCAGUCUGAGAAGGCAGAACACCGCUCCAUUAAAAAAGGUGAAAUCGAGGUUCAAGAAAUUGAAGAAACAGAAACAUUUGUACAGGCCAAUUUGAAGCCAGUUCAGUCUCCAGUGCAGUUUCCUGUUAAGUCACCAGAGGCUUCAGUGCAGAAGAUCCAAAAGCCGCCACAGACACAACACCAGCAGCCACUGAUAGUUCCAAAAGACGAGAAACCUAAGACUGCAGCUAAUCAGAGCGCUCAGGUUGUGUCCCCUGCUGUCAUCACCACUCUGCUGCUCAUCCCAUUGGUGGUUGUUAUUGUCAUUGGCGUCUCUAUUCGCUGGAAAAAGGGCCAGAUGUACAGAGAUGAUUGUGAGGUGAAGCUGGAACCAUCGGGAUCAACAGUAGGAAUCUUUGGUAAACUCAGGGGUAAAGCUGCAGGAACUUUGAACCUGGGCAAUUUCUUUGCCACCCACAAAGGCUACACACGCCAUGGCUUUGAUAGGCUCAGCACUGAAGGAAGUGACCUGGAGAAGGAUAACGAGGAUGGUACCGACUCGGAAAACGAGGAGUACUCAGCUCUGCCUCCCUCCAUGUCUUCAUCCUAAUGAGCAUCCUGUUGUAAAUGCUGACCAGUCUCUCUGCUCACACUGUCAGGAUAUACUUUAAUCAUGUAUGUAAUUGUUUGUAUCAACUGCCGAUAAAUUAUCAUUUGUGUGACAAUGUUCUCCCCAGGACCAAUGACUGCCACUUUAAUUUAUGAUUUUAAGGCACCAUGUAGAGACACAAAGCACUAGUCAUUUUGAGGAUAAAGACAUGAUUAUUUUUAACAGGAGGUUAAAUAUAGAUUAUGUAUUUAAUGUUAAUAAUGAACAGCUAGUCGAUUUCUGAGAAUUUAUAAACCUGUUAGCAUUUAAUUUAAUAUAUAAUUGUUCCAGGCAUUUGGUUCAUAACUAUUUUUCUGUAAGACUGUGCCUUUUUGACUAUGUAUUUCGCCUUCUGCAGCACCUAUAUAUUACUACAAAUGUGCCACAAUUAAGAGCUGCUACUGUCACUUGUGAUUUCUGUUUUGCUGCAUUUGACAAAAAAAAAAUAAAAAAUAAAUACAUUUUCGAAGCUAAUGUGAAACAUUUCUGAUAUUUGUUGUGACGUACUGAGGUUUUAUUGCAAGAAAACUAUUUUCAAUGUUGUGUGUAAUAAAGUGUCUGCAAAGCUUUA